CAAAACCCUAAGAAUAACGCCUACAAAUCCUUUCAUUUCCUCUUUUUGCACUCGCUAUACAGCGGUGGAGGAGCAUCCAAGACCCUGUGACUCUGGGUAAACCCUCUGUCUCGCUCCCUUCUCAAACAAACCCCAUCAAAAAUCUCUUCUUCUCAUGGCUCGGACGAAGCGUCCAAACCCCUUUCUCGAAAAUCCACCAAGUGCUUCAACUUCAGAAGAAGAUGCUGAAAAAAGAGGAAGAGGAGGAGCUGUAGAUGAGUCUGAUUCUGAUUCUGAUGAUGUACUGAAGAAAUUUCAUCGAGAUGGAGCUGAUUUUGAUUCUGAUAAGCUCCCCAAAAAACCUAAAUCUAAACCUAAUGUUGAACCACCAGAGCCAAAAAAGCUCAAUGCAGAAAGGGUAUGGAGCGAAAAGGAUGAAAUUGUGGUUUUGGAAGGCUUGAGGGACUGGAAAAACAAAGGUAAGACAUGGAAUAAGGAAAAAGGUUGGAUCCCUGCUAAUGCUCUUGGUGAAUUUCUUAAUGGUAUUAAAGAAUCAUUGCAUUUCUUUCCUGAUACGAAGACUCAGUUGUAUCCAAAAAUUCAGAAACUUAAGAUUAGAUAUUUUAAUGCCAUGAAGAACAAAUAUACCGAUGGUGAUGAGGAUCCUGUUUUUGAGAAACCUCAUGAUAUUAGAUUGUAUUUGAUUUCGAAAGAUAUUUGGAGUGAUCUUUACAAAAAAAUGAAGGAAAUGGAGGAAAACACUGGGAAAACUGCUGUUGGUGAUAAUGUGGAAGCUAAAUGGGGGGAGCUGCUUGCUAAUUUACCAAUGUCGGGUAACUUACCAAAGUUUGGAAUGAAAGAGUGUCUUUCGAAGGAGGGUUUGAAAUUGAUUGGUGAUUCUAAGGUUAAGGAGUUUGAGAAAAAAUGGAAGAAAUUGCAUGCGGAGGAGCUUGAUAUUAAUUUGAAACGUAUGAAAUUGGUGCGAGAGACGAUAGAGGCUGUUUUGGGAGCUGUCAAGGCGUCAAAGGAUUAACUUUCGCGAGGUAAUCGGUAAUGGGGAUUAUUAAUACAUACCUAAUGUAUAUGCAGUUAGUGCCGGUUAGUCGGCUUUCUUUUGCUAUUAUAGAAUUUGGUAGUCAAGCAAAUGUUUGGGUUUUGAAAAUAUGAAAUGUUUGAUUGUCUUCUUUUUUUCCGGAAUUGUUUGAGAUCCACUGAAAAUGAUCGGUCUUAAGCUUUUUAAAGUAUUAAUUCAAUUCGAAAUUAAUAUUCACUGGACCCGACUCAUUAUCAGUUACUCUUAAUUGAUAUGCUGCAAGAAUGGUAUGUGAAAACUUAAACAAGCAAACACGAUAUCUUGGUUGAUUCUUUGAUUAUUGUUGUCAAAUAUCACAUUUUUUGUUAUUCAUUGAAUGAAUUGAAAACUGUAUAAUUGUUCCGGCUGUAUAAACGAGACUAAGACACUUUCCUGAUCACAUUUGCCACGUUUAAUAUUUUGACUCUGUACGUAUCUGUUUUGAACACUUGUUGAUAGAGCUUGCUACGGGUAUCUUCAAAGCAACAUUUGUUUCAUUGCAUUCCUGCGGAUGCAGGGAAGAUGAAAAUGUGUUAUGUCAUUUUCACCCUUUUCUAAUGUGUUUUCUUGUUUUUGGUUGUGUUGAUUUGUUGGGCUGAGUUUGAUUAAAUAGUUGUAGGAACUUGAAAUUACUUUAGAUAUAGAUCUGUAUUGGAUAAUUAGGUUUGUGGGUAUCAAGCUGAGCACAGUCGUUUUGGCAUAGAGAUCGUCAAACUAGAAAAACAGUUUGUUUUCCUUUUUCGGGUUUUAUAGAAUGAGGAAAAGGAUGCAGGUAGGUUGAUGGAACAGACAAUUACUGUCACUCCGCAUAACAACCUAAAGUUGUAGCGACAGUUCCCCUUCUUACCUAUAUACAUACUGAAUGAGGAGAAGAAUGAGUGCUCACAGAAGUUUUUGUAAACAUAUGGUGGAUUCUCUCCAGAUAUCUUGGGUGAGAUUUUCUUUUGUUUAGUCAAAAUUUGUAUGUAUACUGAUGGCUAAGAUGAUGUUGGAUGCUUAUGUCACUAGGAGCUGCCAGUCCGAGGAAUAUGCAGGUUUAGAGAUGUAGAUUGUUUCUCCCCAGUUUCUACAUAUUUGUGGUCAUUUUUACGGUGUUGAGGACUAGGUGGUUACAGUUUUAGAGAGUAUUGAGCUGAAUGUUAAGUUACGUGGCCACAACACAUUACGUGUAUGGGCAUUGGGCCAUGCAGGCUUUAAGAUUUCUGUGUAACAUCUUCUUUGAUGUUGUGUCAGGUGACUCUUCGUUUAGUAUUCAUGUUUUAUUGAAAUUACACUGCAGGCCCACCCUCAAAAUAUUAAUCAGGAUUUUGACACUUGAGUUACUUCUUACGGAACACACUUUUGAUGACUUUUUUAGGGGUCUUGUCAAAUUUUGCCAUCUCUUGUAGUAUUUCUUUACAUGUUACAGUUAUCGCCACUAUGUUACAGCUUGGACGUUUGUUGGUAUUUUGUCACUGAUAUGGUUUAUCUCGUAUGAUGGUGUGUUUUAUGACCCCUUUUCUUGUGCAUGAGCAUGUUGUUGUUAUUGCUAGAAACUCUGGGAAGUUGACCAACCAGAAGGGGUCGGACUGAGUUGGUUUUAGAGCAGUACUUCAAGAUGAGGGAACUCUUCAACAUUUUGUCUCUUGUAAAGAGCCAUCUGGGUGAUAAUUAUGCCAAUUGUCAUGUCUUAUGGACUAGGCCAGAGCCGUCUUAUGGACUAGGCCAGCUCGGCUGUUACCCAGAGCCUCAAAUUGUUAGG